AUGGUUUCUCUCCCUUCUUUCCAAGCCAAAUGGGCCCUCGCGCUAGCUCUCCUUUCAUUGUAUCCCGAUCUUUUAACAGCGAAAGUCAUCUCCCACGGCUCUGCCUCUUGUCGAUACAUCCCGGGUGAUGCAGGUUGGCCUACGGAAAUCCAAUGGCAGGCGCUCAAUGUGACCGUCGGCGGUCACCUCAUCGCAACAAACCCCAUUGCGCACGUAUGUCACGAUCCAACCUACUCUGCGGCUGAGUGUGAAAAUCUCCGAGAAGCAUGGGGUACUCCAAAUCUGCAAGUCCCAGAGCCGGCGGAGAUUCUGGCCCCAUACUUUCUGAACCAAUCCUGCGACCCCUAUACGGCCAGAUCCAGACCCUGCUUGCUCGAUAACUACGUGAGCUAUUCAAUCAAUGUCACCGGAGUGGCCGAUGUGGUGGCAGGGGUUCAAUUUGCGGAAGCCCAUAACAUCCGCCUAGUGAUAAGAAACACUGGCCAUGAUUUUCUUGGGAAGUCUACCGGGAAGGGUGCCCUUGCGCUGUGGACGCAUGACUUUAACGACAUCGAUAUUCUCGCCAACUAUAGCAGCAGCUACUAUCAAGGUCCAGCAAUGAAGAUGGGAGCCGGAGUCAUGGGGGGCGAUGCCUCGCUGGCAGCCAGUAAACAAGGCUAUCGGAUGGUGGUCGGCUUGUGUCCAACCGUUGGGGUGGCGGGAGGAUACACACAGGGAGGAGGACACUCUCUUCUGACGGGGUCGUACGGGCUGGCCGCUGACAACGUGCUCGAAUGGGAAGUCAUCACUGCGGACGGAACCCAUCUGGUUGCCACGCCCACCAGUAAUUCUGACCUAUUCUGGGCCCUCGGUGGUGGAGGGGGAGGUACCUAUGGUAUCGUAAUCUCAAUGACGGUCCGGCUGUUUGAGGAGGGCUCUGUGGGUAGUGCGUCUUUAAUCUUCAGCAGCACCACGACCAACGGAACGGAUGCAUUCUGGGAGGCCGUGGACGUGUUUCAGUCCCAUCUCACAAGGAUUGUUGAUGACCACGGUAUCGUGGUGGCAUACGUGCUGGGCAAUGAAACCUUGAACCUCUACGUGGCGACCGCGCCCAAUCGCACGGCGGAGCAAGUCGGGGAGAUUUUCGCGCCAAUGACCGCGGCGUUAGCCACGCGCGGACUCUCAGCCAAUGCCAUCAGUUUUACCACUACCGUCGCCGACACAUACCGCAACCAUUAUCUAGCUAAUCUAGAACCUGUGUUCGCGACGGCGCGAUCGGAGCAGAUCACAUCAGGGCGCAUGGUGUCGCGUGAGAACAUGGCAACCAACAGUUCAGGUGUUACUGCGGCCAUGCGCACGGCCACGGCCGGUGGCUCUGCGAGUCUGCUCUGCUUGGCGUUUAACACUCUGAAGGGCGUCGCCUCGGUCGCGAACACCGCCAUCCAGCCCGCCUGGAAUACAGCGCUAGUGAGCUGCGUGCUUUCCCAGGCAUGGGACAGGACGAUGCCAUGGGAAUAUAUGCUUGAGCAACAGGAACAUCUCACCACCGUCGUGGAUCCGGCCCUGAAGGCGGCAACCCCUGGAUCAGGAACGUACCUGAACGAAGCCAACUUCCAGGAGCCGGACUGGCAAGCUACAUUUUACGGCACUAAUUAUGCCCGAUUGAAAUCAAUCAAGGCAAAGUACGAUCCAAAGGACUUACUAUAUGGCCUCACUGCGGUGGGUAGUGAGGCGUGGGAGGCAGAUUCGGAUGGACGACUCUGCCGAACAGACGUAUGA